AUAAUAGCAGCGCUGUAUACGGGAAGUCGAGUUAAUAAUACAAUACAAUUUGGAGUACGCGCUUUUAUUAGUAUAAUAUUCUUAUUAAUUUUUUCAGCUUAUGGAAGUUUAAUAGCGAUUAUAUUUAGUAUAAUAGGCAAAAGAGGGUUAAUUAAUUUUGUUACAGCAAGGACUUACGGAUAUUUUGCUAGUACUGCUGUAGGCAUUUCUUUUAAAGUACAAGGUGAAGAAUAUUUAAAUACACGACCUGCCAUCUUCAUAUGUAACCAUCAAGCUGCUGUUGAUCUACUAGUGUUGGGAAGGAUAUUUCCUAAACAUUGUGUGGUUGUUGGUAAAGCUUCUUUGAGAUUUAUUCCUCUUCUUGGAAUGUUCAUGUCACUUGGUCAUGCGGUAUUUCUUGAUCGAAAAAAUCAUGGUAGUGCAGUACAAGCGUUAACAAAUGCUGCAGAAGAAAUAAAGAAACAAAACACAAGUGUAUUUAUAUUUCCCGAAGGUACAAGAGCAAGAUUACAAGAAGCAGAUUUAUUAUUAUUUAAAAAAGGAGCUUUUCAUAUGGCUGUACAAGCAAAAAUUCCGAUUGUACCUAUUGUGGUUGCUAAUUAUAGCGAUAAUUAUAAUUCAAAACGUAAAAUAUUUCGUGGUGGUGAAAUUAACAUCAAAGUGUUACCGCCGAUUGAUGUAUCAAAUAUUAGUAUAGACCAAAUAGAUACAUUAACAAAUUCUACGCGUGAAUUAAUGUUGAAAACAUUAAAGGAGAUAUCU